AGAUCCAGAACAUAUUUAGUCCUCCUUCGCAACCGUCCACCAUGGGGUUUAAAAGUUUCAGAGACAAAAUCCAAGUCCGUUUCAUCUUGGUCGGAAUGGCAUUCCUUGGCUUUAUGGUGGUCUAUGCCCUCCGUGUCAACCUCAGCGUGGCCAUUAUAGCCAUGACGAACACUCUACAGUCUGAAGACAAAAACCUCACGAUGCAUUGUCCCGUUCUUAACGACACCAAAGCAGAUAAUCACACUGGAGAGUUCGACUGGGACUCCAACCAGCAAGGACUGCUUCUUGGAUCCUUCUUCUACGGAUACAUUUGUACACAGUUCAUCGGUGCUGUUCUUGCCAAGUGGAAGGGUGCCAAGUACUUGCUGGGUGGAGGUAUUGCUUUAACAGCUGUACUCUCCUUGGUCAUACCAGCGGCGGCUCAGUGGGGUUUCACUGCCUUGGUGGUGAUCAGGGUUGCACAAGGUUUCUUUGAGGGUGUAACAUUCCCAGCAAUGCAUAACCUCUUGGGUAAAUGGUCUCCGAUGCGUGAAAGAAGCAUCUUAGCUACCAUCACAUAUUCUGGUGCACAUAUGGGAACAGUUCUAUCACUGCCAAUAUCAGGUGUUUUAGCAAAUUCUGACCUGUUUGGAGGAUGGCCAUCAAUAUUCUAUGUUCCUGGAAUCGGAGGAAUCAUCUGGUUUAUAGGGUGGAUCUUCAUUGCUUCCAACUCUCCAGCUGAACAUCCUUGGAUUUCAGAAAAGGAAAAGCGAUACAUAGAAUCAUCAGUUGGCUGCAGAAAGGAAUUCCGAACACCAUGGUAUUCCAUCUUCACAUCCAUCAGAGUUUGGGCCAUAAAUGUCGGUCAUGUGACGUUCAACUGGAAUUUCUAUUUGAUGCUCACAAGUCUGCCUCUCUACAUGAAGACAGUCCUCCAUUUCGACAUGAGCCAGAACAGUUUAUAUUCGGCCAUUCCCUAUCUUCUGCUAUGGUUUCUGAUGACAAUCACAGGGUUUGUGGCUGACUGGUUAAAGAAUGGCAUUCUCUCCACUGGAACCACUCGUAAAAUCUUGAACACAGUCGGUAUUACAUUACCAGCUAUUUUACUUGGUACCAUCCAAUAUGUUGGUUGUGACCGAAAUGCGGCUCUAGCCAUGGUUACCAUGGCUAUUGCCUUUUCUGCAAUCGCUUUGGGAGGGUAUCAAGUCAACCAUUUAGACAUUGCACCGAAUUUUGCUGGUACUCUCAUGGGAAUAUCAAAUACUUUUGCUACAAUUCCUGGUUUUGUAGCUCCAAGUGUUGUUGGAGCCUUUACUCAUAUUCAGGAUCCCUAUUUUGGCUGGCUCAAAGUAUUCUACUUGUCAGUUUCAAUCAAUGUUAUUGGCGCUGUAUUCUACCUCAUAUUUGCAUCUGGGGAAGAACAAAGCUGGGCCCAGUCAGAUGAAGAACAAAAGGAGCCGAUUGUAACUGGAAAUUGAAAGAAAAAAAAUUAAAAACAAACCAAUGUUUCUCCGAAUUCAAUUUAUAAUGUGACAAGUGCCUUUUGGACUGAAACAAACAUUUCUAAAUCAUCA